AUGCAAAUAUCAUCAGUAUCAAUACCAACAAUCAGUGGUGGUGAUGUUAUAAUGUCUUGUGAUUUUUCAAAUAUUUAUAAUAUUAAAAUCACAAGACAUUAUAACAUCACCACCACUGAUUGUCACUCAAGUAAUAAACCACAAAUCAUAUGUACAAUAGGUGCAGCUCCUUGUUCAGUCGAAUAUUCACCAUUUGAUAAAUGUAAUGAUCACGUUGGUAAUUGUAUUUGUAAUGAUAUUGCAAUUGUAACUGGUGGUCAAGUUUAUUUAAAUGGCAAUUUCUCAAAUGUAUAUGAUCUUAGUCUAACAAAAGGAUUAACAUGUGAAGAAUCAAGAUAA